AUGCAACCACAAACAAAGCCAGGAAUCCUUCUCGCCGCAUCAUAUGCAUUAAGAGUUCAUGCUUUCGAUAUUGCAACAGGUCAACCACUCGAAGAAUUCGAGAUUUCAAAUUCUCAAGCAAAUAGAAUUGUCACUGUCGGAAAUGAGCCUACAUUCUUUGUUGGCGCUUACUCAUACAUAUUCGGAUACGAUUUUCAGGCACGUACCAGAAAACACUCUCAGGGAUUUAUGAGUCAUGAAGGCAAUGUUACUGAUAUUGUUGCCACCCCAACACAGCUUUUGAGCUGUGGUGAAGACAAGAUGAUCAAAGUUUGGGAUCGUCGUACAGCAAAGGCAUCAAUUACCAUUGCUACACCAAGCCCAUUAAAUUCCAUCAUCUUGAUGCCAUCAAACAACACAUGCACAGUCUGUGACGAGAAUGGCGCUGUAAGCCUUUACGAUCUUCGUCAAUCUUCUCGUCUUCAGACAACAGAAGCAACGAAAGUUCCUGUUCGUUCGCUCGCUAUUGCUCCAGAUGGCUCCUGCUUUGUUGCAGCCAAUCAAGAUGGAACAACCGUAUGCUAUUCCAUCGAAGGCGAUAGUUUCAAAGAACAUUACAGAAUUCAAUCUCACAACGACACACAAUUACGUUGCGCAAUUGCUCCUAAUAGCAAGACAUUCGCUACAUCGGCUGCUGAUAAUAGCGCUAGAAUUUGGAAUAUUGAAACAGGAGAUAUGAAGCAAUCUUGCAUGUCCGGUGAAGCUCAAGAAUGGACAUGGGAUAUCGCUUUCACAGCUGAUUCUUCAUACCUUUGCACAGGUGGCAGCGAUUGCUCCUGCAGAUUAUGGGACGUUGAAAAUGGAAGGAUGGUUAUGCAAUUCCCUCAGCUUCCAAAGUGUGUUUCUGCUAUUGCCAUUCUUAAUGCCUAA